ACCAAUUAUCAUUAGGGCUACACACACCGAAGAUAUCUGAACUGUCAUCGCGGUCUAGGUGUCAUGCCGGUGGAGUCUGGCCUUCCACUAACAGUAGAGUUCACCGGUGGCUUGGAACUUCUCUUCUCGAAUCAGCGCAAACAUAAGCUCGAGAUUCCUCGCAACGACACCAAGGGGCAACCGGCGAACGUCGGCUUUCUCAUAACAUGGCUUCGCCACAAUCUGAUCGAUGACCCGAGGCAAGAGAUGUUCGUGCUUGGUGACACAGUGCGACCGGGCAUCCUAGUCCUCAUUAAUGAUGCUGACUGGGAGCUUGAAGGGCAGGAAGCCUAUCAAUUGCAGCCUGGAGAUGAGAUUGUGUUCGUCUCAACGCUACAUGGCGGCUGAACACGGCGCGCACACAGAAGCGAUGUCAAGAGAGUAGAGAUUUUGCAUAGGAGAUGGGAAGUGCUCGUAUGUCAACCAACCGACCACGCAGCAGCUACGUCUCCAACGCCUCACCUGUCGCAACGCGACACGGCACCAACAGCAGGCAUAAAUCGUGCCAGACUUUUUGAAAAGACGGCUCGAUGUGACACAAUUCACGUGGAGUAGUGCUGCGUCUGCUGUAAGAAGUUCCAUAGUUCAUGGCUCGUAUCUACCAUUACUACGAUAGUCAUUCGCUUAUGCAACAACAAUAUACAACCGCAUCAACUUUUUGCCAUCUCAUUCCACCUCCUCCCGUUUUUGUUUUUUUU